AUGGGCGAAUCAGGGUCCCGCCGCUCCACCAUUGUCUCUCGGCUGCCCAUCUUCCGGCGGAGUGUGAACAAGAGGCAGGACUCGCUCCCGUCCUCUCCUUCCUCCGGAGGAAUCGGCAAUGGUGUCCAUACCUCCUCCCCGUCCAGUACCAACUCCAGCUCCAGCAGUACUGGGAAACGCCGGAGCCUCUUCCGCGCUCCUUCCAUCAGCUUCCACAGCAAGAGGAGCAGUGAACCCAGGAUCAACCCGUCCCAGCUCAGCCUAGACAGCCGGAGCCACACGUCUGACCAGGGCGUUCACGAUGGCUCCGGUGCCAAGACGAGGCACUCGUUCGGUUUUGGUGGUCACAAGCACAAAAAGAUCACUCGGUCCCAGACAGAGGACUUUGAAAAAACCUCCACCAAUCGGAAUGUGUUCAUCAACUGUAUCAGCUCAGGGACCAACGAGGGAGAUGAUUCGGGUUUUCUGGACGACGUUAGCAGCAGAAGAUCCUCCCGCCACAAGAAACUGCUGCCCAAGUCCUUCUCAGCCCACCACAGAUUCUCUAAAACCUCCUCUAAUGUGCCAGAUCAAGGGAAGGUUCCAGAGGGAGGGGAGCCUCCUAAGACGGGGACCCCGGGUUCCUGGCCGGGAGAGUUGGGUGAAAGCUCUCUCCAAUCGCCCAUGCUCUCCGAGGACCGAACCACUGCGAUUACGCCCUCGGACUUUGUCCACGUAACGGAGGACUCGGUCUCGGAGGUGGACGCCCUGCCCGCCCCAAGUCCUGCCGCUCCGAAUCCCCCCGCCCCUCCGGAAACCUUUGCCGAUGUUGUGUCUACCUCUCAGGUGUUCUUCUCUCCUCCUGAGCCAGCCACGGAGAAACCCUUACUGCCAGAUACCAGCAACACAGCCAUCACCCAGUGCGAGAGUACCACAGUGCCCAGUGAGCCCACUACACUCCAGACGGUCGAGGAGCUGAGACCAGAGCAGGUGGAAACUGAAAACGAGCAAGCGGCGGAGCUGAGCGAGGAGAGCAGCUCGAACCCGGAACCGAAGGAAAGGAGGUUAAGGAACCUUUUCUACGUCCAGGGGGCGGGAAGAACGGCCAGCCUAGGAAAGGGAGAGUCACGUCCAACCCACCUGAGGAAGCCUCACACAAUGUCUGUGUGCAGCAGUGUCAGUCCCUACCACGAAGUGAUGCGGAUGGAAAGGCGCUUGCGUUCGGCGUCGGAAGGGGCCGGGGGCCCGAGGCUGCACCUCAGCCUGAGAGAGCCCAACUCGGUGGAGAGCAACACCCUGGCCAAACAGAGAACCAACUCAUCCUCCUCCAAGAUGGGCAGUCUGGAUGUGCUGAACAAUCUUGGCUCCUCUGAGCUCGAUGAGGAUGACCUAAUGCUGGACCUGGACCUCUCCGAUGACCAGCGACACCGGCAUGUUUCGAGAGAGAACUCCAGCCAGUCCCUGGCCUCCUGCCUCAACCUGCUUCACUCCCCCAUGGAGCCGACGGCGGAGCGAACCCUGAGAGACCCCACCCACAGACCUUGCUCCUCCAGAGAACCACGGCCCAUGUCCCUGUGCCUGCCAGGUGAGGAGGAGCUGCUGCCAGGGUUGGAGGGUCUGCCCUUCAGGCUGAUGCAGCAAGACUGCACGGCGGUGAAGACCCUCCUGCUUCGGCUGCGGAGAACCCUGCAGGAGAGUAAUGAGACAAGCCCUGCUAGCAGCCUCCAUUCUCUACCCAUAAGCCCUUGCAGCGAGAAGUCGCUUCCUCUCAAGGAUCCUGGGAGAGAGGAGUGGCAGUCCUUGCAGCAGCAGCUGAAAGAAAAAGAUGAAGUGAUCCUCCAGCUUCAAACAGAGCUGGAAAUUGUCCGGGGAACUCAGAAACCUCUCUGCCAAAAAACUGACAAGACCACACAGACAGAUCUCACAGUACCAGAGGUCAGCCACCCAAGCCGGGUCAUAAGCCAAAACAGCAGCGCGAGGGACCGAAGACCGGCUCGCUCUCUCGCCGUGGACCAGUUUAGCCGUCCGCCCGCCGAGAGGGCCACCGCCUGCGAUGAGCGUACGUGCCCCAACCCUUCUUCGUGCCACGCCAGCUCCGCGGCGGCAAUCCAGCGGAGGGCCGAAGGCGGGCCUCCCUCGGAGGCGGCCGUCCACCGGAAGACGGAUUAUCCGGCCAGUCAGAUCCCCCGCGCGGUGCUUGGGAGCAGCACCAGCCUCCAGAGCCGCGGAAGCCCGUCGAGGAGCUUGUCCUCGGACAGCGAGAGAUGUGGGGGGUUGCAGUCCCGCAGCGAGAGGAGCGCCAACUCCCUGUCUCGGCCCUCCUCCUCCUCCGCCGCCGCCACCUCCUCCUUCGCCGGCCGACUGGGACAGCCCCCACGCGGCCCGCUGUCCUUGCACAUGUACAGCCGCAAGAAUGUCUUCCUACAACACUCGCUCCACACUGCUGAGCUUCAGGCCCUGGCCCAACAAGAUGGAUAA